AUGAGUGAUGUCGAGAAACAGGACGAUGUGAAACAUGAGAGUAGCGAGGAAAAAGAAUCUCCGCCACCUGCCAAGAGAAAAAGAGCAUCAAGUGGCGGUGGAAAUAAUAGUACAAGGAAACCUAAAUCAACCACCACUAGUACUAAAAAAUCAACAAAAAACACUACAAACGCAGCCGCUACCGCAACCAAUUCAUCCAAUUCCCCAAAUAAGAACGGUAAUGAAACCGCCACCACUACAAACAGUAACAAUAAUGAAACGACCGCAACUACUACAACAAAAAGCUCCAAGAAAUCGAGUGGCACGUCUGGUGCGAAAUGGACAUCAGAUGAAGAUCAGAUUCUUCUCGGGGAAAUAUUCAAUUUGCUACCACCAAUUCCUUGGGCGCAAAUCGCCGAAAAGUUAGAAAGUCGUGACGCGACUAGUGCAAAGAAUAGGUGGGCUAGCAUUCGACGACAGAUUGCUAAAGGCACGAGUUCGAUCCUUUCAUCUGUUGGUAAUAGUUCUAAUGAGUAA